UAAUUCCCCUUCGGGUCACCGGAGACCUGAGGCAGAAAUUUCACGGAGCAGAGUUCCCUGAGACACCUGGGAAAGGGGACAUCACCCCUAGUUAGAAACCCCCUGUUAGCUCAAAACCGGGGUUCGAUUUAAACUAGGGCUUUGGCCUCAUGACCCCAAUCAAGCCCCGCCCCUUCCUGGUUGUCUUAGCGACGACGGUGGCGUCCCAAGAUGGCGUCGUGGCUGCCGGAGACUCUGUUCGAAAUUGUAGGACAAGGCCCAGCGCCGAGCAAAGACUAUUACCAGUUAUUGGUCACCCGAACCCAGGUCAUCUUUAGAUGGUGGAAGGUUUCUCUGAGGAGUGAGUAUCGGUCAUCAGAACCUGGAGAAACAAAAGAAUCUCAUGAAGACUUCUUAGAGAAUUCACCUCUUCAAGUUCAAAUUGCCUUAAUAUUUGGUGGAAAAACAUUGGACUAUGUCUUCAAUUUGUGCGAAGGUAAAUUUGACUUCCUGGAGCGGCUCUCAGACAAUUUGCUCCUGAAUAUAAUUUCUUAUCUGGAUCUUGAAGAUAUCGCCAACCUUUCACAAACAUCACACAGAUUUUUAAAGCUGUGCGAGUCUGACGAGCUGUGGAAGCUGAUAGUUCAAUCUGCCUGUGACAACAUCACCCCCGACAUGAGGGCCCUGGCCGAGGAGAUCGGCUGGAGAAAGAUGUUCUUCACCAACAAGCUGCAGCUCCGGCUACAGAUCCGCAGGAGGAGACAAAGACAAGAGAGACAGGACAGCAGUCAGUAUUAGGGAGACGUCAUCUUCCUGCGGGGGCAUCGAGGCACAGUUGUGUUUUUCUGCUGUGUCCAAAUCUUUUCUGUCCCAUUGAGGACUAAGAGGUGUUGCUGGUUUAAGGAACCAUCUGAAAAGCACAGAGUAUGUGUGCACAGGUGCAGCAAAGCCAACUUUGCAGGGCCUUGCCUGAACCCAGUGGCGGAUUGGUUGAAUCUGUCGAAUCACACCGCCACUCCCCAGGGACUGCAGGGCAGGAAGCCCCGCCCUUGAUGUCUUCCCCACCGCCCCCUCCACAUGCACAGGAAAAGAGGCUUCUGCUGUAUAGAAGCAAACAAUAAAUGAUUAUCAGUAGGCUUCUAUUACAUAUCUAUUCUAUCUAGGUGUUGGAAAAUGGAACCGAGCUUUUGAAUUCUUUUCCUGGUCAUCUGAAUCCCUCCAUGGAGCCGGUGGCCACGUGUGUCCACAGGGAACCGUGAGGGGCAGUGGCCUCGGGAGGCAUCCCAGUGAGCGCAGCUGCCUCCCCCACUCUGUCCCUCUGAGUGUGCAUUCAGGGCCCGGCCUGGGAUGCCAGGUGUCACCCCGCCCCGUGGAGACAGCUCUGCCCUGGCCCUGGGGCAUGGCUGGAGACCGGGUCGGGCUCACCCUCUCGGGACUGCACGUUGCCAAGGAAGCCUGUAAAUGUUCUUAGAGGGACUUGUUUCCCCAAGGAAAGUGAACAGUUACCACUUUCGUAACUUGGGGUUUUAAGAACACAGGCUCUGGGGAAGUGAGUAAAAACCUGAGUAUGGUUUGUGCCCUGUGAACUUGGCAGACGGGUGGAAAGAGUAGAGUUUUGGGGGAGGAAAGCCUACAUCUUUGAGCUGGGUUAUUUAAAACCCAUGGUUUUCUUCCUUCACUGUCUGGAUGGUGGGGUCCCCCACACAACGAGGUCACAGCCGCAGGUAAUAACUAAUGACUCCUCUCAGGCCAGAGAGCAAAGCAGCUCUCCACCUCCCAUCACCUUGUUUGCUUUCUCAGCCCUUCUUUCCUUCCUUCCUUCAUUUCGCUUCCUAGAAAAGAGUGACAUACCCCACACCACCCCGCCAUGCGACAGAGACUCCAGUGGUGCAGUGGGACCGCCCCCCUGGUGCAGAGGAGGUGGACUCUGGCUGCCCUCCUCCCUAAGUUCUUCCAGGACGGUGCCAUAGCCGUGGCUCAGUGACAGACUGUUUUCUUCUUUACUGAACCCGUGCUCACAUCAAACCAGCCCCAUUCAUGCACACUAACACCUGGUCACAGACUUCUAGGGACAUCUGUGACAUCAAAUGUAGGCUGCUUCCUUGUAAGGAAGGAACCCGUCAAAGUUGUGUCUGUAUUCAGUCCAAGCACGGAACAAAGGGCUCAUUGACAGCAGCCCCAGGCCGCGUUCCCAGUGCGAGAGCCAUCCUGCCAGGCGCAGGGUGAGGCUGGCAGGUGGGCCGAGGGCCCUGCUUCUGCACGGCUCCUGCUGCCCGUUUGUCCCUGAAGUUCCCGACUUCACUCCGGGCCAGGUGUUCAGUGAUGGACGCAGGCUAAUCCAGCAGUUGCGUGGAUGCGCAAUUUGGUACGUCAACAUAACUGUAUAACAUAAAAACGCCCGUCACUUGUAACGUCCGUGCAAAGUGCCAACAGCGUCCCAAUUGCAUGCGCUGUGUUUUAUCAUCUCACAGAUUCUGAAAGCUUACGGGCACACUUACCUAGAUUCAACAGGAACUAGUGAGAACUCAGAUAUGGCCAUUUAAGAGCUUUUAGUAUGGAUAGAUAAUAAAGGUAAAUGACAAUGAAAAUGGGUUAUCAAUAUGUUGACUGUUGUUUUAAUUUUUGUUUUAAUUAUUUUAUUGCUGUACAAGUACAGUUGUCUGCAUUUACCCACCCCUCAUUUCCCCCCACCCCAGCCAUCCCCACCUCCCUCCCCUGCUUCCACCCCCACCUUGGUUUUGUCCAUGUGUCCUCUAUAGUUGUUCCUGAAAACCCUUCUGACUAUUGUUAAGUAAUAGUUAAAGUAAUGUAGGCUAUCAGGUUAUUAAAGUGUAAGUAUUUGUCCUAAUGACUUGGGUGCCAUAUUACCUGACUCUGAUAAUUUUGGCCCAAACAUGAAUGAUUAUCACCAGCCUAAAGCCCUACUGCAUAGCACCAGCAGCCUCCAGCGUCAGAACAUGCUGCCCCUCCCCCACCUCGUUUCCUGGGUGGAGAGGCGUCACCUCCCUGCCUCUGUGGGCAGCGUGUGGGUAGAUGGAUACGCCUGCCUUGUGCCUGACUCAGCAUUUCAGGGGGAAGUACCACACUGUGUCCUCUUGCCCUCGCUCAUCCUUCCAGGCCCACAGUGUUUCUUCUGUUACUAUUUACCGUUGUAACUAUAAAAACAACGUAUUUCUAUUUCCUGAUGUUUUCUAUGUUUUCAAGUUAGAACAAUUUAUUAACAAUAGCAAAUGUGAGAGUUUAUAACUAAAAACAAUAAAUAUAUUUUCCCUUCUAUUUUAA